AUGCGUGUAGUAAUUGCUGGUAACGGCGACCUGGCUCGCUAUAUCUGCGAAGAGUUCACCAGUGUCGGUCACGAGCUCGUCAUCCUGACACGGAGCCAUAAUCCGCAACUUGAGCGGCCAGGAGCUCACUCAGUUUAUCACCGACUAUACUCUGGAAUCCCUGGCGGUCCCCCUACCCUGUCAGCAGAGUCCGAAAUGCAAACGUUUCAUACCCUCCGAGUUUGUAGGGGAUAUCGAGGCUUAUCCGGACCAGCAGCUUUCUACUCCCGGCCACGAGAACCAAUUCGCAAGUUACUACGGGAGCAGACAGAUCUCGAAUGGACUUUGGUCUCAGUCAGUUGGCUGGCCGAUUACGUUGUAUCGGCCAAAAACCGGUAUAUUAAGGAGAUCGGCGUUGCAUGUCCUAUCAACCUUGCGGACGGCAGUAUGGUGAUUCCAGGAACCGGAAACGAACCUGUGGACUUUGCUUGGGCGCGAGACAUUGCGAAAGCGCUGGAAAAACUUGUCAUCGCACCAGCCUGGGAGCCGUAUACUUUCACGUCUGGGGAGCAAUCAAGCUGGAACGAAGUCGCUAGGAUUAUCAGAGACAAGUAUCGCCCAGACCUCAAAGUCCGAUACUUAUCGCUUGGAAAUAUUGUGGAGACCGUCAGGACGACCAAAGAUGACGAUGCUGUAGUCCUUGCGGAGCAUCAGUUGCUCUCGGCGAGCCAUGCAUGUUCCUUGCCUCAGGACAAGGUGCAAGCUCAGAGGCCGAAGUAUUUUCCUGGCAUCUAUUUCCGAACGCUGCGAGAUGGCUUGGCUGAGUUGGACCGUGAUGCGGGAAUAAUUGCAUAA